CCAUUCAACUUUUUAUUCCAACCACAUUUUUUUCUUUCUUUUCUUGUUACCUCUGCGUCUUUUAUGUAGGUACCAAGGAAAACAAGGUCGAUCGUUGUUGUCUUCGCCAAUCCGAGUUCCGCAUGGUCCGGAAUCAACGGCCGAAUCCAAAACUGGUUAACUGUUGCGGCUUGCUACGAAAUCAAGCUUGGGCCGGCGGGUCUUGGUUCGUUUCAAGUUGCCAAAGAGGCUGACGACGCAAAAAGGCUGGACGACGCUCGCGUCCCGUGGAGGCGCAGUUCGAUCGGUUGCCGACCACGAGCUUGACCACCCCACAAAACACGAACCAUUCAUGGUCGAUCUAGAGCCUCUUGAUGCUUGCUGCAGACAGGGAUCGUCUUGAUGGACAAUGCAUAGGUAUUUUCUCUUUUGUCAUACUAUGGUACGGAAGUACUGUUUUCUCUCUCUCUCCCUUAACCUCCUGGCCAACUUUAAAACAUAUACGAUACGAAGUAGAUCUCUUAGUAUCUAAGGUAAUAAAUAGGUACUUACUCCCCGCUACCUCUUUUCCGGUAGGUAUAUCUCUCUUUUCCAUUUUUCUAUUAUUUCGUCGUCUAUUUUGUCUAUAUACUAUUAGAACAGUGAAUAGUAGUUGUUCCUUUUUUCGUCCCUUUAUCAGUACAUAACCACCUAUUCAAGACAAUAUGUUUCCUUCGUUAUCUACGUUCUUCACUGUUGCCGCUGCUUUGACGGCAACAGUUCACUCCCUGCCGCAGGAUGGCAGUUAUGAUGGUGGAUACGGGGGUGAAUACGGGGGUGGAUACGGGGCUUCGUCGACCUCUUCCUUCGCUUCGGCCUUCGCUUCGGUAACACCCAGUUCGACGGCAUCCGCGUCUGCCGCCUCUUCGACGACCGCUUGCAACAACUCACCUGACCUAUGCAGUCGCUCGUAUAGCGAUAUCACUCAUAUGGGAGCCCACGACUCUGCCUUUCUCCGAGACGCAAGCACGAGUAAUUCGAUAGCUGGCAACCAGUACUUCAAUGCUACUGUUGCCCUAGACGCAGGCAUCCGAUUAUUGCAGGCCCAAGUUCACGAUCUAAAUGGUGCCAUAGAGUUAUGCCAUACGUAUUGCAGUUUACUCGAUGCUGGGACUCUUCAGGCUUGGCUAACCUCCAUUAAGUCGUGGAUGGAUACAAACCCAAACGAAGUGGUGACCCUUCUGAUCGUUAACUCCGAUGGCAAGACCGCAGCCGAAUUUGGGGCCGUCUUCAGUGGCUCGGGUAUCGAUACAUAUGGAUACACGCAUUCAGGGACUACAUGGCCAACGUUACAGGAAAUGAUCAGUGCGAAUACGCGACUGGUGACUUUCAUCGCAUCUAUUACGGCGGAUAGCCAAUAUCCCUAUCUGUUAUCCGAGUUUGACUAUGUUUUUGAGACCGCGUACGAGGUCACAUCACUCUCGGGCUUCAACUGUACCCUCGAUCGCCCAUCCACUCAGAGCUCAGCCAGCGCUGCCAUCCAGGCUGGGAUGUUGCCUCUCAUGAAUCACUUUGCCUAUACCUUACUCGCCGCUUCGAUCAUGAUCCCUGAUUCGGACAAUAUCACUGUCACCAACAGCCCGUCAACCAAUACUACAGGCAACUUGGGUCUACAUGCUCAAACUUGUAACGAGGAGUGGGGUACCAAGCCCGUGUUCGUACUGGUUGAUUUCUUUAACGAGGGACCGGCAAUCGAUACAGCAGAUAACCUGAACGCCAUCACUGCCGUCGGCCGAUCUACCGCUGCCAUAACCACCACAGUUGCGACAGCUACUGCUAGUCCGAAAAACCAGGGUCUCGGACUUGGCACUGAGGCCUUAAUUGCUUUCAUAGCAGCUGCUUUAUUACUGGUCUGAGAUAUCGAUCUAGAUCCGGAUAUCACAAGAUAGAAAAGAAAAGAAAAAAGCCAGUCCCCUGGCUCUCAUUGUUUUACUGCAUAGCGGUGGAGUUUUAUUGUUUUAUUUUAGGAGAUGGCAUAAAGGUUAGCAUUCGGAGCAUAGGACAGGCAGGUACUAUCAUAUGGAUUGAACAUAGGCAAGGUGUGUGGCCAAAAAUAGUCUUAGAAUGCUCUUUAUACCAAGGAUGAGCUCUAUAGAGUUUGGGACUUUGUGGUAUAUAGGUCUGGAUAUUAGGGACAUAAUAUACCCUGAUUAGUAUUUAA